UUUAUUGCAGGAAUAUUGAACAUCUGAGUAAGCUCGUGUAAUUUAUGGUGUUGACAAAUUUUAAUAUCGCUCCCUUAUUAGUAGUGAAGGACAUUAUACCUGAAGCGGGGUUUGCAUAGUUUCUUGGAUUUCUGAUAACUGAUCUUGUCUAAUUUGGCAGUUUAAACAGUGAUUCAUUUUUGUUGUAUCUUUCUAUGCCGAGGAAUAUUUCUUGGAAUAUUACUGCUACUACUUAGGACCACUGAAAGAGAGCUUUGUCUUCUUCAUAGUUAAAAAGAUGAAGCAGGGAUGGUGAUAGGGAUGAGGAUGUAGCUGUUGUAUAUCAACAAACAGCCAUUCUAUUCUAUGGAGACUGUUUAUCUGGUUGUGAAUUAAAGAUACCAUAAUGGCUCAAUCACUGACAGCAGAUAACGGCUGGUUUUAUCGUGGGCUGAAAAUCAUCUGUUUCCUCACCUCUUUUAUCUUUACGGUGAUUGACGGGGAAUCAGUUUAUAUGGAUAAAUGGGGCCACUGUACCGGAAAUGCCAUAUCAGUGGAUAGAGACGUUUAUACCUUAUUUUCUACUGGAGGUGGAUUUAAUCAUGAAUCUUUGAUUUGUGAAAUAACAUUUAAAGCGAGGCAUGAUAAAAGUCUGUGUUUAACAUUUAAGACAUUCUCUAUUGAUGACUGUGGUGUAACUUUAAAGAUCUUUGAAAGAAGUACUGCAUCAGGCAAGAACAGGGAUAUGUUUGGCUGUAAUGAUAGAAAACCUAAUAGAAUUUGUACAACAGAAAGAUAUUUUACUGUUAAACUGGAGAAAGCUGCCCUGAAUAAUAAUCAGAAUUAUGAAUUCCAGAUUGAUGUUCAAGAGAGUGAUAGUUUUACUGGUGAAGAUGUAGUUAUAACAUCUAUUGGUGUGUUUGUUGGUAUUAUAGUAACUGUUAUGAUUAUUAUACUCGUCAUAGCGGUUUUAGUUAUAUAUUGUUGUUGUAAAAAGAUGCGUCACAGUGCUGGUCCUAAUAUAGUUUAUAACCCAGCUAAUACCGCCCCUCCACCACAAUAUCCAGUCCAACCAUCAGCCCCUCCAUUACAUGAUCAUCCAGACAGCCAUCAACCAAACAAUGUGAAUGUCCCUCCAUAUACACCACCUCCACCAUAUUCACAAUAUGAUCCAAGUACUGAAAAACAGCCAGUAUAAUAUACAGCAUAUCGCAAUUUCUGAUCCAAGUACUGAAAAACAACCAGUAUAAUAUACAGAAUAUCACAAUCUCUGAUAUUCUUUCUGAAAAAAAUCAUUAUUUGACACAAUAAGCCAAAAUUUGAACUAAAAUUAAUAAACAAGACAACAUGAGCCUAACAUUUAAAAAAAAACAACAUUUAAUCGCAUAGCAUUAGACUUGUCACUAAAUGAAAUAACAAUCAGAUUAAAACAAUUCAAUACCAGUAUUUUAUCUUGACCUAAAUCAAGGAUCUUUAGCUCAUUUAAAAUAAACUUUAAUUACAAGUUUAGGCCUACAUUUAUAUUUGUUAUUGUAUUUAUCAUGUCCUGAAUAUUUUUUUGUUACUGACAUAUCUCUUGGAGUAAUAUCACAAAGCGUCAAUUGAGAAUGAUAAGGUCACAAAAAAAAUAAAUCACAUUAAACUUUGAAGUUGUCUUAAAAAUUUGGUUAUUCUUAAAUAUCUCUAAGAUAUAUCAUUGUACCAAAAAUAAUAUUAGACCAUUUUCAGUAGCUUUUCGAAAACAUGCCUUGUGUGAAUAAGCAUUUAAAGAUUUUUUUUUUAAAUUUGUGAUAUCAUUAUAUAAAUGUACACUAUGUUUUAAAGUAAAUUUUUAGACAUUCUGUUACUUGUGACCUUAUCUUCAGAUUUCAAUUUCAUAUCUGUCAUUCAUUUUAAAACAUGCAUAAAUAAUCAUAAGAUUCUUUUGUUGCAGUCAAAAUAUAUUUAAUGUACAUAUUUAUAUGUAAUUUGUAUUAAGUAAUGUGUAAUGUAAUUUGUAUUAAGUAAUGUGUAAUAUGUGUUUUAUGUAACUAAGAAAAUGUGUGCUUAUAUUUAUAUAUUAAAAUAUAAAGUACCACUUUGUUAGGUCGGGAAACCGUGCAAUAUUUGAAUGAAAGUUUGAGUGAAAAUGUGAGAGAAUGUGCAGAUCUUUAUGGAUUGAUUGUAGUAAUUGUUGAAAGUGUGACAAUUUUUAUGUAAUUAACUUUAUUGAAACAUAACUGAAAUGUAUACUAAUUAUUAAUUGUAUGAAAAGAUGGGUGAUUAUGUGUAAUUGUGUGCUAUUAUUUGUGGACUGUAUGAAGAAAUUGGUGAAAGUGUAUGCUUGGGUAUGAAUAAUUAUAUGUAUUUAAUUUAUUGAAACAUAAAAUAAAACUUAAAGUAGCAAUAUCGCUAUUAAAACAAGUAUUGUGUUACAAGAUAAACUAAAAAAAUUCUAGAGAACAACUCUAUAUUUGAGGAGGUUGCACUUAACACAGCUGAAAUAGUAGGAGUUUGUGUAUCAAAUGCCCUUUUAACAAUCAUUAUAAUUAGCUUUAAAUUUGAUUAAUGAUAAAAUACUCAGCUUAUUAGCUUAUUGCUACUUUACAUGUAUGGCUAUUAGGUUGUGUUACUGUGCAAUAUUUACAGGAGCUUUAGUCUGUGUGUAUGAUAUAAAUGAAUAAUAAUAUGUAUGAAAAGGUGUUUAAAGGGUGGUUAAAGGGUGUUUAGAGUAUUGUGUAGUGUAGAAUGUGUGGUGUAAAUGAAUAAGUGUGAGUGUACUAUGAACAGUUUGCAGCCAUCUAGGAAUUGUGACGUAAUAUCAAACAUUGAAGUCUAUCAAAUGAUGCGUAAUUGUCCAAGGAACAUUUCUUAGAAGAAUGUCAUCCCCAAGAAGAACAACAAGAACAAGAUGAGUAGCGCUUUGGGGCUCUAUUCUUGGUCCAAAAAUAAUUGAUGUAGACCCAAUAAUGAUUGAUGUGAGUGUUCAACAAACCCUGAAUAUCAGGCCGGCCUCUGGUGCAAUAUGAAAGAUUGAGUGGAUGUGAGUUAUGCAGUUGUGUAUUUGAAUCAUGUAUAUUGUGUUAGUGAAUAUAAAAUGUGAGUGCUAUAUAUUUAAUAUCUUAGCACCAAUAUCAGGUUGGGCUAAUGUGCAAUAUGUAAGAUAAACCUGUGAAAUAGAGAGAGAAUUAAUUAACUCUUAUCUCUAUAGAUGAGUAAUCUAGUCAUUGAUGUCAUUGUUAUUGUAUAAUAGUAUAAAAUAUUUAUUAGUUAUUUGUUUGUAUAUUUAUUAUGUUUUAUUAUAUGCAUCCAUAUUGAGUAUUAAUGAAAAGAUAUAUAUAUAGAAAUUCAAACUGAACUGGCUUUAAGUCAUUGGAUACAUUGGAUGUUUUUAACCGACAUAUUUAACAAUACAUGUAUUUAAGUUCAGUUUUAAGUAUUAUUUUCUGGGCAUAGUUUCGGAUGUCAGGAUAAACUAUAUUACAUAGUUAUAGAAGAACAAUUAAUGUAGUCUAGAUCAUCCAAUCCCUCUUAACAACAUCUUAACCAAACUGUGCACAACUGAAGUCAUGUAAUGCCAAACACAAGCCAUGCAAUGUAUAUAAGCAGUCAUGUAAUGCAUAAUAUUUAUUUAUUUUAUUUUAUUAUUUUGUGUUACAUACAGACUAUAUUUUUGAUUUAUGCAUAAUGUAUCAUAUUAUUGUGAGGUAUUAUUUAAGGACUAUUGAGGACUAGAAUCUCAAUUUAAUAAAUGUUUUAGCUUAAAAAAGGUCUGUAAAUAGUCAAACCCUCUGUGCAAUAUUUAUUUGUUUAUUUUUCUUUUGUACAUGUUAUAUAUAUAUAAUUUAUUCUGUUUGUUUACAUAUCUUCAAACAUAUUUUAAUAAAAUUUGGAAAAGGUUGUUUUUGGAUUAUUUUCCAAAUAAUGCCUUCAUUUUCUUCACAUAUCAGUUCACAAUACGACAGAAAACAUUGGGAACCAUUUUAUUUGUCUAAGAAUCUAAAGAAGUAGAUAAUUUUUAAAAUUAAACAGCUUUUGUGAGAAAGAAAACAGUUAUUGUUUACCCCUUGCAGUAAUUGCUCAAAAUGAUACUCAGUAUUAUAGAUUUCUGAAUUUGAGCCGUUGUCAUAAAUAUUGAAGACAUUUUAGAUAAACUUUGUACGACUUGAUAUUUUAAUUCCAGAAAUUUAUUAAAUUCAUCAUUGAAUCAUAUCUUUUUAAUGACAAAAGUAAACAAAACUAACCAUUAUGACCAUGUUUAUUCUGGAAUAUUGUCAUUGGCUAAAAUAAUCCCUGACUUAAGUUAAAAAAUAUCUUCAAAAAUCAUAUUUUAAUAUAGACAGUAAUAAUUAUAAUUUCAAAAAUUCUGCCGUAAAAUUGUAAAUUAUUUAAUCUACAUGAAGAUCAAUACCUGUAGUUUAUAUGUAUCAUAAUUUAUCGUUUUAUUUCUUGUGUUUAUUUUGUUAAUACAGAAAUAUAUCAUGUGCC